UCUACGAGAGCGUCUUCUUGAGUCUUGAAUUACAGAAGAUGCCGCAGACUAAUUCCUGUUCAACAAGCCGUGGUACGGUGGUAACAUGAGUCUGGAGAGAUGAAAUAACGGCAUUAUUAAGCAGGUAGAGGUGAUGUGUUGUGUAUCCUGAAAUCCUCUCUCGAAAGACAAAAUGAAGCGGAGGCUCCUUCGUGGUUUCUUGUCAGAGAUCUCCGUCCGCUUGGCGCUCUUUGUGGUUUUCCUAGUGACGGAGCAGCUUCCCCCUUUCUAUCGUGAGAUCCAGCCAGAGGAGAUGUGGUUAUAUAAAUUUCACCCGGCGGCGCAGGAUCACGUCCCCACAUCACUCAUGUUUAGCAUCGCUGUCUUUACGCCGCUGAUUGUCAUCCUGUUUUUUACCUUCAUGACAAAGUCAGAGCGAGGAGACGCAAAGAAAGCAUUACUGGGCAUGAGUUUGACUCUGGUGCUCAACGGCGUCUUCACUAAUGUCAUCAAACUGGCUGUUGGCAGGCCCAGGCCGGACUUCUUCUACCGCUGUUUCCCGGACGGGCAGAUGGACCUGGAGCUGCGCUGCACGGGCAACCCAGACGUGGUAAUGGAGGGCAGAAAGAGCUUUCCCAGUGGCCACUCAUCAUUUGCUUUUGCCGGGCUGGGCUUUACUGCCUUCUUCAUUGCCGGAAAGCUGCGAUGCUUCAACACAGCAGGCCAAGGCAGAGCGUGGAGGCUCUGCGCGUUCCUCACCCCUUUAAUUGUCGCGCUGACGAUCGCUCUCUCCAGAACCUGCAACUACAAACACCACUGGCAAGACGUGUUGGUGGGCUCUCUGCUGGGCCUGUCAUUCGCCUGGCUGUGCUACAGACAGCACUACCCUGCACUUCACGAACCAGACUGCCACCGACCCCUGAGUCACAGAGAGGGUAUCCCUGCUGCACAGGAACGCAAGCUGGCCAACUCUAACUACAUCCUGCCCCUGUGAACAACAAACUGCAUCCUUUUUACUUGGGGCUGGGUAUCAUUUGAACCAUCAUGGAUGAAUGAAAUGUAAAGGGUGGUACAUGGGUUAUUUUCUUCACUAAAUGGACACACGGAGUAGGACACUUGGUUAAACAACCACGGUAACCACCCCAUAGAGAGCCAACUAUCUCUGUUGGUGAUCCCAAACGACACAUUUUUUUCCAUAUCAGUAAUUAUAUGAUAAAGAUGGAGUGUAACACUUUUAGCUCAACAUUUAAUCUUGAAUCAUGAUGUCAAUAUAUUUGUGUAAUUAUGAAAUGGUCAGUAGAAAAAUUAACAUUAACGUCAUAGAUUUCUGGUGGCCAAUUUAACUAACUAAUAUGUUUUGCUUAGGACCUUGGACAAUUAAGGACAUGUUAGUGCCAACAGAAACUGGUUUGGAAAAAAAAAUACAGAAGUAUGUUGUCAGGGAAAAACAGCUCUCCCUUUUUAGAAUUUGGCUGCUUUCACUUAUUAUUUGCCAGAGACUCACAAGUCAUUGUUACUUUUGUGUAACUUGUGUUUUCUUAGGACUGCAGGCGUUAUCAACUGAUGCAUCUCAUAAAAAUAGCACUAACACCUCUUCACAAAUAGGGAAAUCACAAUCACAUUCCUGCCUCAAUAUCAUGACCUUCCUGUUGUUUAUUUCCAAUAGAACCCUCACUUGAUUGGA